CAUAAUUUCUCUAGAGCAAAAGUCUCGAAGGUUUUCCAUUAAAAUCAGAAUCCAAAACCAAAUCAAAAUCAAAAUUAAAUACAUAUAAAAGGAGAAACAUAUGAUGUGGGGUGGUUGUUAGUUGACUAGUUGCAAGUUGGUGAGUUCAGUUAUUAAGCUCUUUUGGCAUGCUUCUUGCUGGUCUUAGGGUGAACUUUUGAUGCCAUAAAAAACCAUCCCAUAUUAGUUCUAUUUCUCUCUCUGCCUCUCCCUUUGUUUCAAGUUCCCUCUGCUUAUUCUGCACAGGAACGAUGUCUGAGAAAACCACAGCUGAGAACCUUAUUGAAAACCUUGUGGACACAUUUGUUGAUAAGAAAAAAUCUGUAUCAUUCUUUGAGGAUGAUAAGUCAGACUCAGUGAGUUCUCAGAUCAAUAGACUGUUUGGACGCCAGAAACCUGUGCACCACGUUUUAGGGGGUGGAAAAUCUGCGGAUGUCUUGUUAUGGAGGAACAAGAAGAUUUCUGCUAGUGUUUUAGCAUGUGCAACGAUUGCAUGGGUGCUUUUCGAAUGGCUUAAUUACAACUUUCUUACUAUCUUAUGCUUUGGUUUGGUUCUUGUCAUGCUUGCACAGUUUCUAUGGUCAAAUGCUUCCAGCAUGUUUAACAGUUCACCAUCUAAUGUACCCCGUCUUGUUCUCCCAGAAGAACUCUUUCUGAACAUUGCAACUGUGGUUGGUGGUAAGGUUAACAUGGGCUUGAGGUUUCUUCAAGAUGCUGCUUGCGGAGGAAACUUGAAGCAGUUUCUUAUUGUUGUUGGAUGUCUGUUUGCUGGUGCUGUGAUCGGGAGCUGGUGCAAUUUUAUAUCUGUCAUCUAUAUUGGUUUUGUUGCAGCACAUACACUUCCAGUUCUCUAUGAGAAGUAUGAGGAUGAAGUUGACAACUUUGUAUACAAGGUCUUUGGUCAGAUGCAAAAUCAAUAUCGAAAUUUGGAUGCUAGUGUGCUCAGCAAAAUCCCCAAGGGAAAAGGGAAGAAACAUGAAUAGGUUUAUCCUUAUGGCUUAUGUUAAUUAUUUGACAUUCAAUUCCCAUCUGAACACAUUAUGGCAAUUGGGAAUGAUGGAAGAAGGUAACAAGAGGGAUCAAAAUAUUUCUUCCAUAUGAAUGAUAGAGUGGAAUAAAUUUAAAAUUGCAUUUAUUGUUGUAGUGUCUAUUGUUCCUUUGCCUAAAUUGUGAUCUUGAAAUGUUGUUAUCGCAUUACUUGGCCAGAGACUACAUUGGUGACUGUUGCAAACUUGUGACGGCACUUCAAAGGCAGGUUGUAAUAUGUAUAUUUGGACUAAGCACAUUGUUAAUUUUGUUAUAGUCAAUGACCAA